UCAUCACAAAUCUCAUCAGUUCCAGACGUGUUGUACACCUGACAGCACCAUGAAGAAACUGCUCCUCUUUUUGUUAAACGUGAUCGGCCUCGUAUGCCUGGCCGUAUCCGAAGACCCGUCGAUGGCCUUCGAAGAAAACGGAAUAGUUCCGGAUGUUAUCGCCGAGAGUCCACAGGCCCUGCUACAAGUGUCGUACCCCUCUGGCCUCAAGAUCAACCUCGGUAAUGAGCUAACUCCGACACAGGUCAAACAUCAACCGUCCGUCAGCUGGGAAGCCGAACCGAAUGCGUUGUAUACACUGAUCAUGACUGACCCGGAUGCACCAUCGCGGGUCAACCCGAAAUUGCGUGAAUGGAAACACUGGCUUGUCGCUAACAUUCCCGGUUCGGAUGUAGCUUCCGGGGAUACCAUUGCCGAAUACAUCAGCUCUGCCCCACCGGAAGGAUCCGGAUUGCAUCGUUACGUGUUUCUCGUAUAUAAACAACCCGGUGGAAAAGUACAGUUCGAUGAACCCAAACAAAGCAAUCGCAAUCCCAACCGUGGAAAAUUCCAAGCGGCCGAGCUCGCCAGAAAGUACAAUCUCGGCACACCGGUUGCAGGUAACUUCUAUCAGGCUCAGUACGAUGACUACGUUCCACAGGUGUACGCCACACUCACGGAUACGAACUGACGAGGCACGCGCCCUGCCCCACUCUGACCUGAUUCCGUAAACACACCAGCACUCACUACAUAACGACAUGAUUCACAUUCUUCUAAAAUUCACCAUCCACUUAUUUUGACACCAACUUGGCAAUGUAAAUUACCGAAUGAACACCAAUAAAUAGCAACACAUAAUCUAUAA